UGUAUUAUUACUAAUUUAUUAUUUACAUUGUAUUAAUUAAUUUUGUUUGAUUGUUCGGUGUUAUUUAUUGUACUUUUAUUUUUUUUCUUAUUGUUUUCAUACGAGUAUUUAUUAAAAUAUAAAAAUGGUAAGCGUUUAUUCGUAUUUUGAAACGUACAUUUUAUUUUUUUUAAGUGCUGUGUAAUAUCUACAUCUUAAUAAUUAAUAUUACUUCCUUACCAUACCUAUGUACUUACCGUGUUCUUUAUAAUUUUGAAAUUAUUUUUAUAGUCUGAUAUUCAAAUGGAUUGUGCAUUGGAUCUAAUGAGGCGUUUGCCACCUCAAAAAAUUGAAAAGCAUUUGAGUGAUCUUAUUGACCUAGUUCCCAGUCUGUGCGAAGAUUUAUUAUCGUCUGUUGAUCAGCCGUUAAAAAUUGUACAAGACAAGCAAUACGGUAAAGACUUUUUACUUUGUGAUUAUAACAGAGAUGGAGAUUCGUAUAGGUAAUUUAUAAUAACACAAUAUUUUUACGACAAUAUUAUAAUUUAAAAUUGGAUUUUAGAUCACCCUGGAGUAAUACAUAUUUUCCACCACUGGAUGAUGGUGCAGUACCAACUGAAAAAUUACGUAAACUUGAAAUAGAUGCUAAUAUGGCAUUUGAUCAAUAUAGAGAGAUGUAUUUCGAAGGUGGUGUGUCUUCAGUUUACCUUUGGGAUUUAGACCAAGGCUUUGCCGGUAAAAUAAAUACAAUUUUUUUUAAAUUUUGAUCUAAUAUAGUAAUUAUUAUUAUAUGUAUCUACUAUUAAAUUUAAUUCAUUGAUUUUAUACAAUUAUUUUCCCUGAAUGAUAUUUUAAAAUAUUAAAAAUUAUGUUUUCUGAAUUAUUAUUGUAUACUUUUGUUUAUUAUGGUAGACCAAGAAAAUGUAUUUUCUUUUUUAUGGGUGUAUAUUUAUAUUUUAUAUGUACAAGUGUAACAAUACCAUUGAAUCUUAUUUCACCAAAAAAAAAAUGUCCAGUUCGUGAGCAGUGAUUUUAUGUUAAUAUCGCAAUUUGUAUUUAUUUUAAUUUUUUUAUACAGUUUAAAUUAUCAUUGAAUAAUGAAUAGCAUCCUGGUAAAAUCAUCAGAAUGUAAUAAGGAACAAAUAAGGUCCUACAGUUGAUAAGAAGAAAAUCAAUAUUGACAAAGUUAUUAGCCACAAAACUUAUAAAUUUAAUAAUUAUUUGUACUUAUAUAUAAUGUUGAAGUCUCCCUAAAAAAAAUAUUAUUUUGUGCAACCUUGAGUUUCACGUCUAAUAAUAUGAUAUAUACAGUAUUCAUCAAUGUAACAUUUAAAGUUAAACAAAAAUCUUUUUCUUACAUACUGUUUUAUAUGAACUUUUUGUAAUUCCAUUUUAGUCAAUCAGUUGUCAUUAUCAUUUCAUAUCAUAUUAUUAAUAAUCAAAAAAUAAUAAUUUUUAUGUUUUUUAGACAUAUUAUAGUGCAGAUUUUCAUACUUCUAAGUGUUAUACAAUUCUAUCCCUGCUAAUGUGUUAUCAAUUCUUAUAUAAUUUAGUUUUCAAUUGUCAUUUCAUAUUUUCUAAAUGUCAUAUUGAUGUGUUUUUACAUAGUAAAAAUGUAUUGAUUAUUUCCAUCAGUGUUUUAUAAUUUCAAAAUUAAUAAAUCUUUAGUUUUUAAUUAUUUGUAUAAAAGCGUGUAGAUAUUUCAUUUACGCUUGUAUAUUUAUUUUUUCAGGAGUUAUUUUGAUUAAAAAAGUCGGAGAUGGAUCAAAGAAAGUUCGUGGUACAUGGGAUUCCAUACACGUUGUAGAAGUGCAAGAGAAAACUACUGGUCGUAGUGCACAUUAUAAACUUACAUCAACUGUUAUGCUGUGGUUACAAACUAAUAAAGCCGUAUCAGGUAAUAUGAGCUUAGCUGGAAGUUUAACUAGACAAACAGAAAUGGACAGUCAAGUGUCAGAUGCUUCCCCACACAUAGCUAAUAUUGGACGUAUGGUAGAAGAUAUGGAAAAUAAAAUGCGUAACACUUUGAAUGAAGUUUAUUUUGGAAAAACGUGCGACAUAAUGAACGGUUUGCGAAGUGUUGUACCACUCAACGCUGAUGACGAAAAUAAAGAGGCGUUGAGACAAGACUUAACUGCUGCCCUACAAAAGCGACAUACAAAGUCUGAUGCAAAAGAUCCUAGUAGUCCAGCCACUAACUAGUGAUAAUGUUUUAAAAUAGAUCUUCCACCGGUAUAUUUUAUGAAUCUGUUUAACAUGAGUUAAAUAUCGGGUUUAAACUAAUCAAAUGCAACCUACUCGUUUAACAUUUUGUUAUUUUAAAUUCAUCUAUUUAAUGCGUUACGUGAUAAUUAAAUUGUAUUCAAUAAUUUUAGUUUGAUUCCCUUGGUUAAUUUUUUUAUUAUUUCAAUUAAAGAAAAUUUAAUUUUUCCUAUUUUUGGUUUUUUUUUAAUUUGCCCCUAUAAGUUAAUUUCAAAAACGGCCCUUAAUAUUUUAAUGUAUUCUUUCACAUAGUUAUUAAGACUUUGAGAGUUCAUUAAAACUGUAUGUUUCUAUGUUUACUGCCAAUAAAUUGAAAAAUAAUUAUGUUGCUUCUGUAGCAUUAUUUAUAUAUUGACUUCCAAGAUUAAUACAAUCUUUCUCAAUUUAUAGUGUUUUAAUUAAAUUAAUGUUGCUUGUAGGUUUGCACUGUACAUACAUAUUCAUAACAUUUCAAAGUUUAGAAAUUAUUAUUGAAUUUAUUUAUUGCAUAAAGUUUACGAAAAAUACCUAACAUGUAAAAUAGGUAAUCAAUUUGUAUUUCAUUUGUAUAAAUGAAAUGUUCAUAUUAUAUAGGUAAUAAUAUUUUUUUAACUAAUGUUUAUAAUAUUUAUUUAUUUAUAUUUAUUUUUCAUUAACUUUAUUUUAAGCAAUAGACCUACCUAUUAAAAUAUAUUUUAGUUACUCUUCAUAAUUAAGUUAUUAAUUAUGAUGCCGUGCAAAUUAAAUAAUAUUAUAUUUUAUUGGUAUAAUUAAAAAAUAUUUAAUAAAUGUUAAACAA